CGCCCCGCCAAUCCGGAGCCCUGCACGGACGUGCGCACGCGCGCCCCGGUGACGCCGCGAGGGCGGAGGGCCGGCUCUCGGGCCUCCGAUUGGCGUGUUGGUGCUUCCACACCCUCCUGAGCAAACACCAAUGAGCGGGACGCGGCGUUCCCGGUCGUGGGUCGGCGGUGCGGCGGGAAGGCCUCUUAUACAGUUGUUAUGACGUUGGACUCCUCAAUGGCAGAGCAGAUGACCCAGCUGACAUUGCGACUCCUGGAACAGAUGCUGGAGCGGGAACGAGAAAACAUGGACAGUUCAGGACAGCAGGAGAAGCCAGACAGAGCUCUGCAGAGUGCUCUGAGAAGAAGGAAGGACCUUCUACAGAGGCUCUGGGAACAGCAGCUGAUGGAUGAGUACACCCCAGACCAGGCCUGGCGGACAUAUGGACGAGCCAUGGUGCCAGCCCUGAACCCAGAGGUGCCUCCCAUGGAUGUCUUUCCUGCUGCCUCCCCACCUUUGCCCCGACCCCCAGAGCCACCACGGAUCAUCCAGCACCAGGUCCCCCAGCCUCCUGCCACGAUCAUUCAGCAGCUACCCCAGCAGCCACUGAUUGCACAGAUUUCUCCUCCUCAGGCCUUUCCCACUCAAAGAUCAGGAAGUAUUAAGGAAGACAUGGUGGAGAUGAUGCUGAUGCAGAAUGCGCAGAUGCACCAGAUCCUCAUGCAGAACAUGAUGCUCAAGGCCCUGCCACCCGGAACCACAGGGCCUCGUGCUCCUACCCUCCAGCCGGGAGUCCUCCGAGCUGAAAAGCAGAAGCCACCCCCGGUCCACCACCACCACCACUAUGCGCCCACUACGCAGCUGCAGGCUGCCUCCAUGCCUGGCGCCCCUUCAGGCUAUGGGUGGCCUCCAGUGGUUGCAGCUACUGCCCUCCCACAAGCAGCCAGCUUCUUACCCACCAUGAGCUUCCUGACUGAGCCGGCUAACUCCCAGCCUAGCAACCCCUAGCAUGCAAGUCUGGAGGGAGAAAGCUAGCGUUUUGCAGCCGGUCAGAGGCAAGAUGACUCACAGUUGCCAGUUAGCCCCAUGUGGGCUGUCCAGGACUGACCUGGCGCCCACACAGUGAAGGCGGUGAUGUGAUGUCCGCAUGGAUGAACAAGUCAAUGCAACACACUUCCAAGGGAGC